GAGCCAUAUGGUCUCCGAGGUCUGCAAGAAACACAGGCUAUCUGUAAGGCCUCGUAUCAGGGGCUGUGCUUGAGCCAGGCGAUACAGCGAUCCCAUGCAGAGCACGAUUUGCAACAAUCUUCAAACUGCGCGAUAACACCCAAACUUUGCUCUUCUCUCCCUACAUCUCAAGCCUCAGACGCCGUACGAGAAGCACCAUGUCUAGGCAGAAGGUCGCCCUCAUCACGGGAUGCUCCAGCCCAACAUCUCUCGGAGCAGCUAUGGCUCUCACACUCCUUAAGAGGAACUGGAAGGUAUAUGCGACUUCGAUCGAGGCGAGUAGCAUGACUGACCUUCACAAGUCGGGUUGCGAGGUCUUAUCCCUUAACGUAACGAAAACCACAGAUAUUGAGGCUGCUGCAAAGGCCGUUGGCGACCAUCUGGAUCUACUUGUAAACAACGCCGCAGUGGAAGGUCUUGGACCACUCCUCGACACCGAUCCCGACCAAUUCCUUGAAAUGUACAGAAUCAACGUUCUUGGCCCGUUGAUGCUUGUCCAAGCGCUAGCGGAUGCUCUCGUGCGUUGUGGCGGCAGCGUGGUGAAUAUUGGCAGUGUUGGUGUGUGCGGCCUACCAUUCCAUGGUGUGUACGCGAGUAGCAAGGCGGCCUUCCAGGCAUUGAGUGACGUGCUGCGACGCGAAACGGCUCCGCUGGGACUGAAAGUAAUAACGGUCGAGCUGGCUAUGGUUAUGACAGCGAUGCUUCGAGCAGAGAAUCCGUUUCCCCUUGAUCUUCCCAAGGAGCAACGCUCGCUCUAUUUCUCGAAGUGGUACGAUGGCAUCUCCAGUCGAUAUCGCAAGGAUAUCGAGGAACGAUACGACGCCGCUAUUUCUUCUACCAAGGCUGCUGAGCAGAUCAUUGAUGCUGUGGAAGCUCAAGUUAGUGGGAAGAUCUGGGUAGGAACCAUGGCCUGGAUCUUCAAGUGGCUGUGGCCCUUGCUUUCGACAGCGAGGCAGGAUAAGAUCAAUGGCGGCUUACUCCAUGUUGAGAUGCUCAAAGAAUCCUGAAAAUUCCUAGAGGAUCUAGUAGUUGGACGUAUACUGGCUGUCUUGGACAUCUCGCAUGCGCUGAGGCAAAGGGAGUUUAGCUAGUCGCUGAGCGACAAAGCGUUUCUAGAAGCUUCUUAAAACUGUCAGUGUCACGGUUUAUGAGCUGGCAGACACCAUGUACCACUGUCGAGCUCUUCGAGA